UGCAGCAGCUCCAUCCCAUGUGGCUCCUCUGCCGCACUGUCGCUUUCCCCCGCCUCCUCCGCCCGUGGUGCUGCUGCCUCCCCUGUUUGUUCGCCUCGCACAAUCCGCUCUCCCUCCGGAGCCGGCGGCUGCCGCCGUUCCUCCUGCCGCUGCCUCCACCCGCCAUUGGCCGUAAACAACCCCCCCUGUCCCCCAUCUUCUCCCCCCGUCGCUGUCAAGCGGGGAGGAGGCAGGGCUCUGCUGCCCCUGUGCGUGCGCCCCUGAGCAACUUGCAGCCGCGGGGCUCCGAACCGGAAUCAGCGCGGGUCCUGCAUGCACCUGAGCCGGCCGCAGGCGCAGCCGGGGGGCGCGUGUGUGGCAGGAUCCGAAGAGAAGGCGGCGGCGGCAGCAGACUGAGCUUGCGGGCGGCUGGGGAGCGCUGCCUGCCUAGCCCGACUCGCAUGCGCUGGCUACGCCGGCUGGCUGUGCAGCCUGGCCGGGGCGGGGAGCGCUGAUCGCCUCGGCUGCGCCCUGACUCGGCAGCGGCGGAAGAGAGGGAGCCGUGGCCUUUUGCGAGGUAUGGGCUGCUGCCCUGCGGCUGGGGGCUCGCGUCUCCUGCGGGCCGCACAGCCCUUGCGCGGAGUCGGCGCCGGCUGCGCCGCGGGGCAUGAGCAGGGGCUUGCCUGAGCGUGCAACUUAGCCCGGACUCGGUACUGAGUUGCCUAGCAAAGUGCAUCCUCUCCUGGGAGCGCUGCAGAGAGACCGGCCUGGCCGCUGCCUCCGGCCCCUGCUGGGGAUGAGUCCUGCGGAGAGCACCGCUGGCCAACGGGCAGCCCCCGAGCACCUGGAGUCGGAGACCCUGUGAACGGGGCCGCUGCCCUCUCGUUGCCUCCGCCUUUGCUGCCUCCUGCUUUCCCCAGCGGCGGCCUCUGGUGCCCUGUGCAGGAUGCCGCUUGCCGGGGGCAGCGCGCUGCAGCCCGCUGGAGGGGCUCGCAACCUCAGCCCCGCCGCCCUGUCCCGCAGUUUGUCCCGCCUGCGCGAGUAUCGGACCCGCUCCCGGAUCAUGCUGUCCUUGGGCGUCACCCAGAUGGUGCUUGGAUGCCUCAUCGUGGCCGUCAGCUUCGCUGCCCUGGCUCUCACCACCUCGGCCAGGGUCCGGCACUCUUGUCCCUUCUGGGCCGGCUUCUCGGUGCUGUUGUCAGGAUUGAUUGGCGUUGUCUCAUGGAAAAGGCCUCUCUCACUUGUGAUAACCUUUUUCAUGCUACUGUCUGCAGUGUGUGUAAUGUUGAACUUGGCUGGUUCUAUUCUCUCAUGUCAGAAUGCUCAGCUGGUAAACUCCCUGGAAGGCUGUCAGUUGAUUAAAUUUGACAGUGAUGGUGUCUGUGUUUGCUGUGAAAUGCAGCAUCAAACAUCAGGCUGCAGCAACCUUGGAGAAACGCUGAAACUGAACCCGCUGCAGGAGUGUAAUGUUGUGAGGCUGACUCUAAAGGAUCUAUUGUUCAGCGUGUGUGCUCUCAAUAUCAUCUCCACAAUUGUCUGUGCUUUGGCAACUGCAAUGUGCUGCAUGCAGAUGGUUUCUUCUGAUGUUUUGCAAAUGUUUCUGCCACAGAGGUCACAUUCCACCAACCCGGACUGUAUGACUCCCCAUGGAACUAUUCUGCAUCAGACCCUGGACUUCGAUGAGUUCAUACCUCCAAUACCACCACCACCCUACUACCCACCUGAAUAUACCUGCGCACCUGUAAUGGAAGCACAGAGAGGUCUCCAUUUGGACUUUCCUCGUUCCUCCUUCAGUGCUUUAUAUGAAGUCACCAUUAACAGCCCAGGAAUGCUAUAUCCAACGGAGCUACCCCCUCCUUAUGAAGCAGUGAUUGGACAGACCCCUGCUAGUCAGAUCACCGGUACAGCUCAGGAAGUGACUGAAUCCAGUUUGGGUGAGAGAAACACGACAGCUGGCUUAAGUACACAAGUGUCUGUUGACAGUACCUCUCUUAUGGUCUCUGAGGUUGCUGACAUCCCAGAUCAUAGCUACUCUUCAGAGGAUCUUUAUUCUCUGGAAGUUCAGGGGUCUCUUCAUUCCACACACUUUUCUCCAUACAGUACAACCCACAAAGGGGCCACAAACAGAAGCUGCACCAGUUUGGAUCACAGCAUUCGCUCUGGGUUUCACAGGACUAACUCCCAAUGUUCCCCUGAUGAGGAUGGGAGUUCCCACAGCAGAGCUUCUAUGGACAGAUCUCAAGGCCAGGAAUAUGAGAACUAUGUUCAUGGCAGAGCCUCAGACUGCUCUUCAGAGAAUUUCAGCCCAUCAGAAAGAGAAUCCCAGAGCUCUGUUAGAGAAAACAAAGCCACGCCACCCUUGAAACAAAUGAAAAUCUGUUGUGGGGUCUUUAACCAGCCUGCUGCUGUACACUCUCAGCCCUCUCCCUGUUCUGUGCCUGCAAGUACUUCAUCACACUAUGGCUGCCCCGAGAGAACUGCCCAGCAGCACUACAUUAGAAAAUACGGCAUUCCAAACAUAGUCCGGUCCACUAGUGACCCUGUAUCAUGUUCAUCCAGCACAGAAGUUCCCGUUUCUAGUUCUCAUGUAGCUGCCUCUGCUUGCCAGGACUCUGUAAGCCGUUUCCCAUCCACUGGAAAACAAAGAGACGCAAGGAAACUUGACCUACAGUUAAAGCCAAAGGCCUUCAACACAAUCUCCAAAGAGCGACCGCACUCUUUAGUAGACCUUAAGGCCUAUAAAGACACAAAAAUUUUGGUGGCUAAAUUUUUGGAACAUUCGAACUGUAAUCUCCCUCCAGAAGUGCGUCACGUUGUGAACAGCAUAAGAUCUGUAAUCAAAUCUGAUGAAAGACACAUGGAAGAAGCCAUCUUCAGUGCCAACAUUAUAGACCAGGUAAUUACAAGUUCCCAGCAGAAUGUGGAUACCUCUAGAAAACGACUUCAAGAAGAUCUUCACCUUCAGAGCUGUGGUGCUCUAAGUUCUCCAGUUGCCUUCUUACGCAGGUCCCACAUAACUCGCAGUUUAGAGCGGGACAGGCCACACAGUUUGAUUGGAGUUUGCCGGGAGACCAUCCUUUGAUAACAGCUUACAGGUAUGCAGAAAAGCUGAUUCCAGCAACGAGAAGAGUCCAGCACACAGAGAAAUGCAAAUAAUGGAUGGCUUAGAAAGGAAAAAAAGUGUCUUCCUUUUGGAAUUCCACUUUCUAUUUAACAGUAGAAGAACACCACUCUUUUUCUGAAUGUAAAUUUUUGAGCCCUGCAGUUUGCAAAAUGUAAAGGGUUAUUAUUAAACUGGUAACAAAUGUUUUCCCAAACAGACACGCAUUGAUUUGAAAGUAUUGAUAGAGAUGCUGCUGCCCUGCAGCAUUUGUUGAAAACCAUCACCAAGAGACCUUUUGUACAACUUACGAGUUGCAUUUAUUUAAUGUACUCAACGGGUUUUAACUAGCAUCAGUGUUUUAAUAAAAAGUAUUUCUGGACUUUCUUCUGCACAAACUGAUUUGGUUAGAAAUACAAAGAGUCGCUCUUAUUAUAGGAGCAUAGCUGCUUUCGCUGGUCCCUUUCUUUCCAUAUCUAAGUGUACAUAGAUUUCAUGAUGGUAAGCUCAUUGUUAUCUUCUGCUAGAGCUGUUUUGUUUCUCAAAUGCCCCUGGCCCUUUUAAUUCUAGUAAAGGCUGCACAGUGAUUUAUUUUUUGCUUUCUUCUGAAUGCUCAUGACUUUGAUUGUUUGGGAGAUGCCGUUAUAAAUUGAGGUCUAAAUUCGCUGCAAAUUAUGUCCAGCAGGUGCACUAUGGAUGAAGCCAUUGCACUGUUGGAAUUGCCUAAAAGCUGACUUCCAUAACCUUUCGUGGAGAACCACUGAGCUGAAUCCAGACAGAGCUACAUGGGGGCAGGGAUGGGGGGGCUGCUGAGCCAAGUUUGAGUGAGUGGCAUUGCAUCAUGGGAAGUGACUCCCCCAUCCUGGCCAGGCUCAGACCCUAUCAUUGCCACCCUGUCAUCAUCAUCUGGUGGGUCUGAAGCCACCCAGAGCUAGGAGUAGGGUUGUGGAUACCAUUCCCACCAGUAGAGGGGCCAGAGCUCCCCUUUCCCUGUGAGGAGGGCAGCCACCCCACUGGCCUGGACCCUUGCUGACCCCCAUCCCCAUUCCCUCCCAUCUUAAACUCUUUCGUCUUCAUGGUAAUUUUGGAAGGGAGGGGGGCUCAGUUUCAGAUUUUGCCCUGGGCCCUGAAAAACCUCUUUAAAACCCUUAAUCUAGAUAUAUCGUUGUCAUCCCAUUGGGCCCUCAUCUUGCUCUGAUUUGGUUUAGUCCAUUUGUUAGCAUGAAACAUUUUAUUACUACAAUUUUCUUCUAGUAGUUGUUCUACAUUAAAAAUUGGUGUAAAAAUCUCAGCUAAUGCCAAAUGGUGCCUGCCAAGUCUUUAAGAACAAAGCAAUGCAAGCUACAACUCAGCAAAGGGCAUGAACAGUGUUCUCAUAAGGAAUCCAAUCUAAUGUGCAAAAUUAUAAACAUAUCUCUGGGGUUUAAUUGCUUGGCUGUUUUCAUCUGUGUCACUCUGAACUUGGCAGACAAUCUGUGGAAAGGUCACAAGGAUGUGUAACUGGAGAUGGGUAGCUUUAGUUCAGAAUGUGUAUUUGUCAAUCAUCAAUACUGCUGUAUUUUAAGUUGAUGCUGCUUCAACUACAUUCAUAUGAAGCUACAGUGACAUCCAGUGGCAAAAAGGUAGGGUAAUUGCAAGCAUCCAUUCACUAUACAUUCUGCAGAAAUACCACCUACUAUUGUUCUGACUUCAAGGCAGCAGAUGGAUUCCAACUACCUGAUUCUUUGCAACUGCACUUAGAUGAAGAAUUAAAUUUCCAGUAAGAUUUUUGAAUUCUGUAAACUUACUAACAGAAUAAACAAGAUAAGCAAGUUGUCUUUAUUACUCCAGAUUUAUUAGUGAGACUAGGGUUAAUUCUUUCCUAAGGUCAGUUGCAUGCAACAUCUAUGUUACUCCUUGAAAUACAGUAAUUCUAAAGCUUCAGUUACUGCAGGGUAAGGCUUCUAAAGUCACAGUGUAUUUUCUUCAAGGCCUUGUCAUCCUGUCUCUCCCUCCCCCCGACCC